AUUAAUAACGUUGGAUGAGUUUAGUCAAUAAACGAGUUAGUGGUAAAAUAGAUACUAGAAUUGUGGAAAUGAAAACUUAAACAACAUCUGCAGUUCAGGUUUUAAGAAAAACAGUUAUUUUGGUUCAAUAAAAAUAGUUAAAACUUGUUGAAAUACUGAACAAAAAUCGUCUAGAUGGCUGAGAAGGCUCCAGAGGAAUGCUCUGAUAUUGUGUAUUCCUCAGCUAAUGACUUAAAGUUUCUCAGGCAUGGAUUUGUUACAGUCAAUGGGGUGCCAACAAGUGUGCUGACAUGUGGUCGUUGGCUAGAUGAACCUCUUCCAGAAGAUGACUCAAAACAAAUCCUGAUUAUUUUCAUUCCAGGUAAUCCAGGUGCGAUUGAACACUAUGAAGAGUUCAUGUGUGCCUUGUAUGAAGGUCUACAGCGGGCUGUUCCAAUUUGGGGUAUCUCCCAUGCUGGUCAUACAGCUCCACCUCCUCCAGUGAAAUUGCCAAAGUUCAGUGAAAAUGAAUACCUGUAUUCCUUGGAAGGUCAGGUCAGACACAAGAUGGUCUUUUUGAACACUUGUGUUCCUCGAGACAGACAGCUUAUUCUAAUUGGACAUUCCAUAGGCUGCUACAUAGUGCUGGAGAUUCUGAAGCGGCUACCUAGGUUAAAUGUAAUACGUGGCAUAUUACUUUUUCCAAUAAUUGAACGCAUGUCAACAACUCCCCAGGGUCAGUGGAUGUGGCCACUCUUAAGCUAUUUAAGACUUCCUGCCCUUUUUGGUGUAUACGCUCUUAGUUAUCUAAGCCCUCAACUACAGUGGCGUCUCCUCCUUUGGUAUUUUAAAGAUCGUCCUGUGCCUGAGUGUGUCCUACGUGCUAGUCUUAACCUUUUUCAUCCAGAGUGUGCCCGCCAGUGUAUGUUUAUGGCGAAAGAUGAACUUGAUAGUGUGACCACUCUGGAUAUCGACAGUCUAAAAUCCCACAUGCAUCAUCUCAUAUUCUAUUAUGGAUCCAGUGAUCAGUGGUGUCCAGUAUCCUACUAUAAAGAUUUGAAGGAGAUGUUUCCUCAAGGUGAUGUACGUCUCUGCCAGCACGGCUUUGAGCAUGCCUUUGUGAUAAACAACAGUCGAGAAGUGGGAGCCUUGGUAGCAGGGUGGAUCUUAGAAGGGGUGCUAGAAACCCCUCGAGACAUUCACUCCAAGGCACUACUUGUCUAGUUGGAUCAAAUGAAAUAAACCUUGAGUAGUCAGAUCCCAGAGAUUAAACAUAAGCUGUCUUUAUAGCAACUUGCUGUGUUUUUGUUAAUUUUUCCUGAAAAUUAGUUACAUAUUUAACCUACAUUGCAAUGCACAUAUAGUUUUUAUUUGUAUUAAAGUUCAUUAUAAAGUUUUGUAAAUGUUUCUUCGAACAAUGAGUAGUUCACAUAUAAUUAAGACUUUUGCAGGAAUUCAUUUCAAUUACAGAAAUGUUAUAAUACACUUUUUUGGGCUUUUGAAAUGAAUUACUUAGCUACAUUUCAAAGGGGCAACUUGUUAGUAUGUGAUAAGCUAUAUAAAGUAGCAACUUGGAGACAAAAAAAGAAAAAUUAAGAGUGCAGUAAACAUACACAGUCAAAUACUUUUAGCUUGCUAUAUUUUUGAAAGUUGGUUUAUAUAAAAAACCUCAUUCUGAUCACAGAUGCACAGGAAACUAAAAACAGCUAUUGCCAUUCGGGCUUUCAUUCAUGGCUGUAUUAUGAAAGUAUUUAUUUAAUCUGCAUAUAAGUUUUGUGCUAAUUAAUCUGCACUAAUUAAUCCAGAAAAAUUAAACUUUAUAAAUUAGUUCACAGUUGUGAUUGAAUUAGAGUUUGCUUUAACUGUUUACUACUUAGUUCAUCAUUAAUUUGUAUGAAAUGCGUCAUCAGUUCAUGACACCAUUUUGUGUUAUACAGAGGUAUAUUUUAUUUUGAAAGUCAUAGGGAAAAAUAUAUAGUUUUAUUUAUCAUUAAGUUAUUGUG